AUGGCUUCGUCGCAUGCGAGUACAGCUGACUCGAUCAAUUUCUCCUCAUUCAUAGAAGAUGACCCUCAAGUGACGGGUGAGACUACACAAGAAGAUAACGUUUUGCUUGUCCAAGCAGAUGCAAGCAUCACCCGAGAAGAAACCGCUAAUGGAUCGCGUCACGCAAGUGAAUCGCUCGAUGAUGCCAGGAAACCCCCGAUUGCGUCUGAAGAAGCUUCCGAACGACGCGGCUCCAGUCAUUCCAGCGAAACAAUCAGCAGUGGCAGUACUGUCUUUCUCCACCCAGAGGAGAGCGGUCAAGGUGUUCCCGAUCCUGUGAAGACACCGCAAAUCACGCCAUCUUCUGGAAACAGGGACAGCAGCACCAGUCCUCCGCCUGGUGCUGGCGUUGAGAAUGUCGUCGAAUCCAAUAAGUCACCGAUGACACCACCCGCUUCAGCCGUACCUACCUCGUCUUAUAGCUUGCGCAGCCGAACACAGAGUAAGCUCGUAUACGAUGUGAAGUACCACCCCAUGGACGAUGCCGUUCGACCCUCUCAGGCUGCCAAACGUCGCUCGGCACACGGAGAAAAGCUAGUCCCCGAGUCGGGCGAUUCAAGUGAGGCUUCUAGCAUCCUCGAUACUGACGCUGAUAAAACCGAGUCGGACGAUGCACAAAGCGAGGGAGAAGAUGAGGAGGAGAUACCGAAGCGAAAGACGAAGAGCAAGGCGCGCAAGGAGUCCAAGUCGCGACCAGUACCUACCGAGGGUACGAGACGGUCUACGCGCAAUGUCUCGGGUAUCAAGGCAUCGUAUGAUAUGGGUAAACACCCUCAGGACAAGUAUCUUGUCAUCUCGAGCGAUGAUGACGACAGACCGAUCUCGAGCAACAAACGCAAGAAGCUCUCUCGUAAGCGUGCAAAUUCCGGACAUGAUGCAUCUUCCAAUCCCAAAGGAGCGAAGAGGUCCAAAGCAGUCCAUGGGUGGCGAUCGCGCCCCGCCGACUACGAUACAUCCGAUGCGUUGGACUUAGACUCCAGUGGUGCGCCUGUAUUCGCUAGUGUGGAGGACGGUAACAACAUUGAGUCCAGCGCUUCUACUGUCACCCUCUCACCCCCGCGCUUGCUGCUUAUAGCUGAUACUACUGGCCAUGGCAUUCGACACCGGGAAGGGAUGGAUGUCUGGCACUAUCCUCCAGGAAAGAGAUACCUCAACCACGAUCGAGACUAUUGGCCUGUCCUUCCAGGCGAGGCCUUCGAAAUCUUUCAAGAGAAACUUGAAGACCAGCUAGCGCGCGAAGCAAUGGAAGCGUCACCACUGAACUAUGAGCAUGAUGAUAAGGAAAACCCCAGCAACACAGGCCCCGAGCCACUCAUCGAGGAGAAUGAAGGGAUGUCCAUCAUACCAGUUGCGCAAUAUCGACAGUCGAGCGCCGAAAAACAGGUGGCGGACCGACACUCCCUCGUCUCCAACGCUCUUUACUCUGACGAUCCUCCGCAAUCGUACGGCCUAGACGGUACUGAUAAUAUCUAUGAAUCUCCUCAGGAUGACCUCUUUGACGGCAUGAACAUACUCGCGUCUGGACAAUGUUUGCCUCCGGGUCAAACCCAACCCGAAGCGCAAACUGAGACGCAGGACUCAGUGAUCGGACCCAGCCUGAUCAGCGAUAUUUCAGGGUCUGAUUUGUGA